AUGAAAAGCAAUUCAUCCUCUUAUGAAAAAUAGCAAACUUAAACUCCUAUAUUUUAAUAUACUCAAUAGUCGUAGAAGGAUAGCUAGUCUUCUCCACCUAUAUUUGAUGGUAGUUAAUCAUCAUUCUAGGUCUCAGAGGAUAAUUCGUUAUCUUUUUAGAAGGAUAUACUAAUGAAUCAUAUUCCCGAGAUUGAAAGCUUUCCAGGUAGUGCUAAAAAUGAACUCUCAACAUUCUUGAAACUUGAUUCAUAAGUUUCUUUGAGGCAGAGCUAAAAGCUUUCUUAAUUUUCACAGUUAGAUAACUUAAUUCUAACCUUAAGAGAGAAAGCAUUUAAUUAGGAAUAGGAUACUUAUAAGAAAUAAAGACUAAGUGAGAACAAAUUUGGGAUAUAUAUAAAUUCCAUUGAAUAGCUUAUGGAAAAGGUUAUCUUAAGUUUGAAGUAAUUAUUCAAGAAUUAAGAUACUACGAAAGUUCUUUCAGACAUAGCAGAUUGUAUAGAUAUGAUUUAUGAUAAAAAAUUUGGACUUGGUGACAUACGAAUAGAAAUAGAAUAGAAAGAAAAAAUACAAAUCCAAUAAAAUAAGGCAUUAUUUCAAGAAAUUGAGUAACUAAAGUCGAAAGUGCAAAACCAAAAUGAAGCAUUUUAGAUAAAGAAUGAAAAUAAUGAUAAUGAUUCAAAUCUCUUUUCUGAAUUGAUCUAGGUUUAUGGCGAUAAUCUCUAAAAUGCUUUAGAAGGUGAUUAACUAAUUGGCAUUUAAAGCUAAAUUUCCAAUGAACUAAAAUAAUAAGUUGAAAAUCACUUCUAAAUCAUGGAAGAAAUAAGAUAAAGACUGGCUUAAUAGCAAAAAACCAUAAAAUAAAAGCAGGAAUAGAUUGUCCAACAGGCUCAAACAAUACUUUAACAGAAAGAGAUAAUCUAGAAUAUGUCAAAAACUUCUCAGAAUAGAUCAAAAUCUCAAAUUCUUAUGGGUCUCUUUAGUUCUUAGAGCGAGCGAAGUUAGAGUUCUGAUAUUUAAAACUAUAAAGCGAUAGACGAUGGAGUAUAAUUCAUUAAAGCAAAUGAUUUCUUAGUUUAAACAUAUCAAUCGUCUCCACCAAGUGAUUAGAUUCAUUAUGAGACAUUCGUUGACAAAGAAAAUACUAAUAUACCAAUGAAUAAAUUGAAAAGUGGUAAAAAUUUCUACAAAACAAAUUAAACUUAGGGGGAGACAACUGAGAAUUCAAAGAAUCAUCUCAAAUCAAAAUUUAAUGUAUCCUUGAAUUAAGAUGAUGUAAGUACUUAUCUUAGCUCCCCACUAAGGCAUAUGUUUAAAUCUGAUUUACUGUAAACUUCAAUGGACUAAACAAACAAAGAACUAGAUAAAUUAAACCAUUAAUAGCUAAUUAAAAACUAAUAAAACAAACUUAAUCUCAAGCAUAAGAUAUUUGAAUCUUUAAAUUGCAAUAAAAAUCAAAGAUCAAACUAGGUUGAACUUCCUUAAAUGUAAAAGCAAUCAAGUGAAAGUGAGACAAAAUACUUUAAUAAUUUCGAUGAGUAGUAUUAAUAGUUAAAGGCGAAGAAAAAGUAGUAUUCUUCUAUUGGGAUAUACUAGGCUAAGAAACCUGGCAGAUAAACAAUGAGUUCUAUAAUUCCAGAGGGAGCAGGGAACAAUAGCAGGAUGAAUCAUUUAACUUUGGAUAAAAUCACUGUAUUUGAUGAAGAUAAUGAUGAUUAGUUUUGA